CAGGACUCAACAUGGGGAAAAUUAGCAUCUUUGAGCUCCUGUUACCCUUCCUACUCACGAGUGUAGUUUGCUUAGAAUCAAAGAUAGAAAUUACUGUAUUCCUUCCUGGUAAAAAACUAGAUUGGACAAACGCAAGACUGUACUGCCAAAGUAAUUACGUUGACUUGAUUACUUGGGACAUAGUGGGCACUGACCAGCUUAGUACGUGGUUAAAAGGACAAUCAUCGUUUUUCUGGAUCGGUCUACACAGAGAUAAUGAGACAGCUUCAGUUUGGAAGUGGAUAAAUGUGAAAACUGGUGAGGGACUUUCAGGAGACUAUGUCUCACAAGACAGCAACUGGGGUGACUUAAAAUUAACUGGUGACUGUGGCUCUUUUCAGCCUACAACUGGUAAGUGGAACAGUAAGACGUGCUCCGCAGAGUUUAAAUUUAUCUGCUAUGAUGACAACCUGGUGGUGGUGACUGAAAACAAGACAUGGGAGGACGCCCUGAAUCACUGCAGGGAAAUGACAACAUCAUCAUACCAGUAUGACCUACUGAGUGUGACCAGCCCACUAGACUACAGCUAUGUCAGAGACAAGAUCUACAGAGCCACCACUGAUGAGGUUUGGACGGGUCUCCGCUUCCUGGCAGGGGAGUGGUGGUGGAUGGAUGGAGAGGAGGUGGAUCACAACAGCAGCCUGCCAGACUGCCCGACCCUUUGGCAACACUGUGGGGUCUUCUCAAAAAGUGGCAGUAACUGGAUCACAAGGGACUGCUCAGAAAAAAGAAACUUCAUCUGCCACCGUACGAAGGUGCAGACCUAAACUGACAGUGUAGAAAACACAGAGGAAGAUUAGAUUGAAGUCUCUUCACUGUAGGCCGAGUUUUAGGAUUUUAUUUUACAUUGAUGAUAUUUAUAUAAUAUUCAGUUAAUCAUUGUGAAAGCAGACAUGUAUAUGUAUUUUAUUAAGAAAAACAAAGCAACCAACAUAUAUUAGAUGGCAAUUUUGAUUUAAAAAAAAUAUAAAAUUUGUAUUUUAACAAGUUUUUAAUCAUUUUGGAUUAUAUUUGCUUGAAUUGUUAGCAUGGGGUUUGGUUGGCUGUUGGGCCUUUUGGGUUGGUUUGUUCUAGAUGAAUGAUCCUAUGGCUGGUGGAGGUAUGCGCUCUCUGAGUGCUUCUAGUUUAAAAUGCUUCUUGGCUAUUUGUUUAUGUGACCUAAUAUGUAUUGAUAUGCAGUGAUUUGUUGUUGUUUCCCCUUGUUUAAAUGGCUGUCAUAUUUAUGAAGAUAAUUGGUAGACGCUUCAGUUCAGCCACAACCAAAGUAACAGUAUGUUAAAAUGCCGACUUAAAACAUUUAAAUCCUUAAUGCAAAUGGACUCAAUGCUGCAGAGCACAACAGGCAAAUUAUUUUCAAUAUUUAAAUAUCCAAAUAACAUUCAAAUGAAACUUUGUAAAUACAUUAGAAGUAAUUAAUACAGAGAGGAAGAGCUGCAUAAAUGAGUGGAUUUGUCCUUUAAAGCAUUUUACGACUGAUAUUAAUAUUUCUGUAGAUGGUGUUGACUGCCUAUGCGGCUAAUGGUUUCUUUUUAGUUUCCUGUUGCUAUAUGCCAUAAAGAAAAACAAAUAUAAGACUGAAUUUGAA